UAAACAAGAAGCUGAUUUUAGCCAAUUAAACAAUUUAAGUACUAUGAAUGAGAACUCAUACCCUCAUAACAGCGGAGGUGGUACUUCUUCGGUUUACAGGGGUGUCCGGAAGAGGAAAUGGGGCAAAUGGGUAUCUGAAAUACGUGAGCCAGGAAAGAAUUCUCGAAUCUGGUUAGGGAGUUUUGAGACACCUGAAAUGGCGGCAGCAGCAUAUGAUGCAGCUGCAUUUUACCUCAGAGGUGAUGUUUCUAGGCUUAACUUCCCAGAAAGAGCAACUGCUCUCCCUAGGCCACUUAGCUCCACUGCAGAAUGCAUACGCAUGGCUGCUCAUGAGGCUGCCUCGCUGUUUGGACCAGCUAAUUCCAUGCCGGAGCAGGGUGGCUCCAGCUCAGGUCAUACAGUGCCGGUGAAUGUCGGACUUUCUCCUAGCCAAAUUCAGGCAAUAAAUGAUUCACCACUUGAUUCUCCCAAAUUAUGGAUGGAAUUGGGUGAUGCUCUUAUAGCUGAACAGAAAAUGUAUUUUUCUAACACUACUACUAACUUUGAUCAUAUUCAUAUGGCCGGUGAUUGGGACGAGAUUCCCGACUAUCCCCUCUGGGAAUAAUUCAUAGGGUGGCCCAACAAUAAAGGAUCAGCAAGAUAAUCUUUAACAGCAUGCGGGAUUUACAGUUAACAUAUUGAUCAUCUAUUGUGAAUUCCAUCAGGAGCUGAUUUUUUAGAAGCUCAUUUGAGAUUACUGCGUAGUGCUAGCAAGGGCCAGUUGCUAAUUAGCAGACUCAAUUCUUUACUGUGUUGUGUUUAUUGUUUUCUUUUUCAUCCUGAUGUAAACAGGAAUGAUUCCUGCAAGGUUAUGAUAUACAAAUUAUAUUGAUUUCUAUUA